AUGGCCAUCGGGCUUCAGGGCAGUGGAUCGACGGCCAAGGUCUACGUGGUCAAUGGCAACCAGUCGAGCGUCUCGCUGCCCGACUGGCUCGCCAAUAGCAAAGAGCGCAAGCGCCGCAAAAUAUCGACUCAGGAUGCCGCUGCGUCGAUCAGCCUGAUCCAGGAUUUUGACUUUCCGCAAGCGUCGAAUAAGAUCAAGACGAGCCCAGAUGGACGAUUCAUUCUCGCAACGGGCACUUACAAGCCUCGCAUGAAAGUCUUUGAGCUCUCAGAGCUGACCUGCAAGUUUGAGCGCACGACUGACGCCGAGAAUGUCGAUUUCUGCGUCCUUUCCAGCGACUGGACAAAGACACUCCAUUUGCAGGCCGACCGCUCCAUUGAGCUUCACAACCAAGCGGCUGCUUACUAUCGCACCCGAAUACCCCGGCAGGGAAGAUGCCUUGCCUAUCAUUUUCCUUCCUGUGACGCUCUGAUAGGUGGCGCGGGUAAUGAAGUCUAUCGAUUCAAUCUGGAGCAAGGCAGGAUGCUCGCGCCUUAUGUGCUUCCUGGGUCGAGAACAGAUAGCCUCAUCACGGGCGUCAAUGCACUCGACAUCAAUCCGGCUCAUCAGUUGCUUGCCUUUGGCACCGACACAGCCGAGGGACGGGGCGCUGUCGAAUUUGUAGAUCCACGCGCCAGGGAAAGGAUACGCUCGCUUGCGCUGCCCUAUGCGAGCCUUGCAUCGACAUCAUCUGUCGGUACUGCUGCAGCCGUUCUACCGCUUCUUGGCGAUGACGAGGUCUCUCAGGCCGAAAGGCCUACCCCGGGCGGGCUGACUGUCACUGCAUUGGCUUCCGCGAGCGACGGUCUCAAUCUAGCUGUGGGCACUUCGACCGGUCACACAUUGCUGUACGAUCUCAGAUCUGCUUCUCCGUAUCUUGUCAAAGAUCAAGGAUACGGACUGCCGAUCAAGAAACUGCUCUGGCUCGAAACGAGACAAACAGGCGAUCACGCUCAUGUCGGUUCUGCGGACGCCAAGAUUGUGAAGAUCUGGGACUCAAAGACGAGCAAGAAUCUCGUCUCGAUCAAUCCGCCAGCAUCGAUCAACGACAUGCACGUCUACCCUGACUCGGGCCUGAUCAUGCUUGCCAACGAAGCUUCGCCGAUGACAGCCUGCUACGUUCCUGCGCUCGGUCCGGCACCACGAUGGGCUCGCUUCCUGGACAAUAUGACAGAGGAGAUGGAGACAGAUCAGGUGCAGACCAUCUACGACGAUUACAAGUUUGUCGAUCGUCAAGAGCUUGCUGCGCUCGGCCUGGAUCACCUCAUCGGUACAUCGAGCUUGAAGGCCUACAUGCACGGCUUCUUUGUCGAUUUGCGGCUUUACACCAAAGCUCGUGCGAUCGCCAAUCCGUUCCAAUAUGCAGAGCAUCGCGAGAAGCUCGUCAGGCAGAAGCUCGAGAAGGAGCAAGAAUCUCGCAUCAGGGCGAGUACGAGGAGACCUGCUGCGAUCGCGCCCAGCAAAGUCAAAGUCAAUCGCGAGCUCGCGCAGAAGCUCCUCGAACGUGAGCAAAAGGCAGCAGAACAGAAAGGUCGACGUAGCAAGCAGAUCGACGGCGCAGGAACGGUUGUCACAGAGCCCGCCUUGCUGUCAGACGACCGAUUCAAGAGUCUUUUCGCUGAUGAUGAUUUUGCGAUCGAUCCCGAAUCUCGCGAAUAUGCUAUGCUCAAUCCGUCUUCAGCUGCACAGGCAAAGAAAGCAGCAGAUUCAGAAGAUAGCUCGAAGGACGAUGACCUGCUGGGCGGCUUUUACAAUCCUCGCGCAGGCCGCGGUCAGGAGACCAAUUCGAGGCCGAGAGAUCGCCAAAGCGUGCCUGCCAUUGACGCGAGAAUGCCAAGGAUGGCACCUCGCAUGGUCAACACUUCGCGAAGGGCAGAAGCUUCGGCAAAUAAGACAUUUGGAGAGCGAUUGCAAAAGACAGGGAAGUCUCGCGACGGACGAAGCAUCGCCCGAGGCACGUCAGACGAAGUGCUUGGCGUCCAGCGCCAUUCCGCCGAUGCAGGCGGUGGUGUGGAAUUCUCAUUCAUUCCUGGCGAAGGCGACUCGCUAGAAAAGGAGAAAAGGAAGAAGAAGGUACCCGCCAAAGCGAAUGGCUUCGGCUCAGGCUUGGAGAAGCGCAAGAACGCCGACGUUCAGGACGAAUCACUCGAGCUUGGCCAGGCCGAGGCGUCGGGCAGGACUGCGAGGCGAAAACCCAUGCGAAGCGCAUCAAAGAAUGUUGUCAGACAGCUCUAG